GCGCGGAAGUGGUUCCUUUAACCUGCUGCUCUGUUGUUCAUUCACAGACCGACAGCUAGCAUACAGUAUUGGUAAACACCGAUCUCAAUUAUAAAGCUACACGUCUCUUCUAUAUAACGUUAACUAUCUUUACAAAUGUCUUGAACAUGGCAAAGGUUGUUCGGAAGACAGCUUUCCUGUUAUACCUCUGGAGUGUUUUCAUACAGUUCACUAGCAUUUCAGGUCUUGGGGUCAAUGAACUGCUUUAUUUCCGGGUCAUCAGUCCAGAGGAGAUAGGGUACAUAUUCAGUGCAGCACCUGCCAAAGACUUUGGAGGAGACUUUACGUAUUCAUAUGAUAAGAUUUUCCUCGUGCCAGCAGACCCAGCAGAUGGCUGUUCAGACCUGGAGGACAGAGAAAUCAUACAGGGACAAGUAGUCCUGGUGGAGAGAGGAGGUUGCUCCUUUGUGCAAAAGGCCCGACAUGUGGAGGAAGCAGGAGGCAAAGCAGUUCUGAUUGCUGAUAAUGCAGUAGACAAUGACAGUCAGUACCUGGAUAUGAUCACUGAUGGAAGCACGGCUAAACCAAGCAUACCUGCCCUAUUCCUGCUGGGGCGUGAUGGAAUGAUGAUCAGACGAUCCCUUCAGAGACAUGCAAUGCCGUGGGCUGUCAUUUCCAUUCCUGUCAAUGUUUCAUCUCUGGCCUCAUUUCCCCUAAAGCAGCCCCCAUGGACACUGUGGUAGAGAUGCCGCACAUUCACAACUUCAUGUCUUUCCACUUCCAAUAAACACUUUCAUUGGUGCAUAUCCUAUCAGUUGUGAAUCAACUCACAGUUGCACAGGGAAAUUAUUUGGUGGUGGUUAAACAAUUUACACACACUAGUGGUGAAACUGUUUAGAUUACCAUAUGUAUACAUGAUUAUCUCACACUCAAAGGCAACAAAAAGCAGACAUUGACGGCAUGUAUACAGCUUUACUACACAAUGCAAAACCAGCAAAUUUUCUGUCAUUUUACUGGAAGAAAUGUAAAUUAAUUCCUGCCUAUUCGCAUGGACUCAAAGUGUGUGAAACAAAAUGUAUCUUUUGCUGCCUUAUAUAAUUUAUUGUCUUUCUGAAGGAAAAAAUAUGUACAGCUUUAAAUACAAACACAUUUUCUAUCCUUACAUCUGUGAAGCACCCAGACAACUUAGUGCUAAAGCUCCCCUGUUCACCUUUGUACCUCUACUGACAUUUGCAUUACUCCUGAUGAAGAAAAGAGCCAUUUGUAUUGAAAGGUUUUACACUAUUUUGUUUUUGGUAAACAAGCGAAUACAAAGUAAAGAUAGUAAACAUGAGGUAGGACAAAUUAGCUUUUCUAAACAUGAUGACUGUGAUAUGCAAUACUUUUUGCAAUGCUUUACAUUUACAUUUUUUUAUGUAAAGAUAUGUUUGUUCCUGAGCAGAUUCAUCUUUAGUACAGUCUUUUUAAAGCCCAACGUUGGCCACUUUGUCUUACUUGGACUACAUUUUGCAUCUUCAUUAGCGUCUUGCUGCAGAGCUCCAGACUCGAGCCCACCUCUUCCUGUGUUGUGGUCAUGUGUGAGGAUGGAAAAUAAUCAAGUAAUAACAUUUACAUGAUGCUGUAUUAUAUUUCACUGUAUACUAUUUUAUAUCCCUUAUCGGUAAUAAAGUAGCCUAUGUAAAUCUAAUACUUUGUAUACAUUAAACUCAAAUGUAAUUUUAUUAAGUUAUUAAUCCAAUUUACAUUAUUGUGCUGAUAGUUUACAGAUUAAAGAGUUAUAACAUUAAACCCACUGGACUUGCAUUUUA